GGAGAAAAUCACGAAUCCGCUUUCAAAAUUGAAAAUGGGUUUCUGGGUGCAAAGUUAUGACCCCUCAAAGUGGCCGGUCGGUCGGUCGGUCUGGGUAAAAGGGGGAUCCAUUCUCAAAAGUUGGGGCGGGCUCAUCUUUGCAGCGGGCUCAUCUUUUCAGUAGGGUUUACAAUUAAAUUUACAGGUGUGCGCGACAAAAUGCACGGUGUUGGGGGGCAUUCUAAGGAAGGGGCAAGUAGCAGGGAACGGCUGCAAAAUUGCAACAUCGUUCGUAGCGAGCGUGAACGGACACUGAGCAGACGUGCACGUUGUGGGAGGGUUACGCUCACAUUCCUUUGCCGGGACGCUUUCUUUCAGCCGCAGAGUCGGAGUGGCAGACCGCGGAGGCAGGCGAGCAUUGCGCGAGGCGCGAUGCAGGAGGUACUAGCUGCAGCGCGAGCAUCGAAGCAGGUGGCGGAGUACGCGGAAGCAUCGCGUGUGAGGGUGGUUGAUGGCUGGGGCGACGGCCUGCCUGCGGCCAUGGCGGCUGCGGUUCAGGCCCGCGGUGGCGGCCUGGUCCGACUGAGAGUGCGUCAGGACCACGAGGUGGUGCAGCGCCAGCGCCGCAGCUGGCGCGCUCGAGCGGCACUUGUGGAAGCGCUGGGGAUUGAGCGGUAUGACAACCCAAGCUCAGCGGCCAAGCUGGUCCUGCUCCAGGCGAAACCUGGUGCUGUGCUUGCGGACGUGUCGCCGGGGGAGCACAUGUGCAUGGUGCUGAGCGCGCUGCUGGGGCUACUGGCGUGCCCAGACCUGGAGGAUCAGGUGUACAACGAAAUCGCAGGUCUGCUUGCGGGCGUGGAGCUGGACCACGGACGGGCACUGCGUCAGCGCAUUGGCGGGAAGCUGCGUGAGGCGGUCGAGGUGCUGGAGGAAUACGUGGCUCACCUCCGGUCAAUCUCGGACAGCGCGCAGCUCCCAAAAGCUGAGCAUGAGCUGCGGCGGGCACAGGAAGCGCUGGAGAUGUUGGCGGCACCCGCCGACACAGACGACAGCAUGCUGGAGGUGGACACCGUUAAGGUGGUCGUGGACAUCAUGACUGGGCUGGACGUUAACGUCCUCGUAGUAAGCCUGGUCGACCAGCAGGACCUGGGCGGGCACGUCACUGCAGCGUACAGCCGGACCACGCAUGUGGCGCUGCGCGAGCUGGCGGUCUCGGGCGGUGGCGCCCUGGAGCUGCCCUCAUGCAGCACUGUAGUGCUGUUUUUUGCGCACAAUCAUGCAAACUCCGUUCUGCUGGGCAAGGUGGGCGACCAGAAGACGGAGGUGGAGGUGCUGCUGGACAUGGCCGCGGAGACGCACGAAUGGAGGCAGGGCGGCGUUGUGUCACUCGGCAGCGGUGGCGCAAUUGGAGCAGCGGCAGUACAGCGCGGGUCUGCGGCUGGCUCGUUUGUGCAGCCGCAGUCUGCUGAGGUUUUGCACAGGUUCGUGCCAACUUUUGUUCCUUGCGCUUCUGUCCUGCAGCGCGCGGCACAAUGGGUGCAGCUCAACGAGGCGUGCGUAGGUAUACCCCAGACUUAGCACACAUGCAUAGUAUGGGGUACUUCGGGGAGCGGCAUGUCGGCAUUUUGGAAGAUGCCUGGGGAACGGGUCAGGGACAGGCCGGUGCCGGGCGGCUUUUGCAUGGAUGAACGCGUCAGCUCAUUUCGUACUAUCAAGUAACAUUGGAGUAAGCCGUUGCAUAGCAGGCCAGUCUAUCAGGAUACUUGUCGGCGGACGGGUGACAUGUCCACAUGUCGGUCGGUCAAAGUGUGUUCCCAAGGCGGAUCAAUUUGCAUAGCGAUAGAUCUCACCGAGAGCAGUCAAUUGGCACCAACCUGACAAAAAACUAAAGGGUUCUGAGGGGGUUUUGGGGGGUCGGUCGGUCGGUAGGUAGGGGGGUCCGGGAGACGUUUUGUGGCAUGGGGUCAAGAAAGUUUGUUCCUACCCCCCCCCCCCUGGUGCGUCCGUCCCAACACUUUCGGCAUCAUAGUCGCCCUGAUUAAGGUGCUGCCGUGCUGCCUUAAGAAACGGGUGCUGGGCUGCUGGGGUGGUGUCAGACUGUGCCAGACAUAAGACAGGAUAGGAACCCCCUGCCUCAUUCUGCUGGCCUCUGCUGGGUCAGUAGGCAGGGCGUCGAGAACCGGACAGUGUGGUGGAGCAUGUUUAUGAGCCAGCACGACCACGCAACUGAACCAUUGGGGAAGGAAGUAUCGGCCAUCUGGGAUUCCCGCAAUGCCACCGUCAUGGCUCACUGGGAACGAAGGUCGCUUGUAAACUAUCCACACA